GCUGAAGAAAGGAAGUAGAAGCUCUUUGUGGUUUAGUGUCUCUGCAGUGCAUUUAAACCUGCAGUUUGAUCAAAGCUGUUACGAACGAAAGACAAUGGAGAAGAUCUUGUUCUUUUGUGUUUUUUUGUACAGGAUUCUUCAGAUCACUUCUAGCGAUGUUUCAGGACAUAAUGUGACUCUGUUAAGAUUCCAGCUGAACGGAAACAUCAGUCUGAAGUGUAACAUGAUCCCCAGUUUAGACAUCAUAACCUGGUAUCACCAGGAUCCUGAUUCUGGACAACUAAAAAAGAUACUGAUGUCUGUCAACGGCGACAUGUGGGAAAGCCAUCAAAUCGAUCGUCAGAGACAGAGGCUCAUAGCAAUGGACAAAGUCUCUCUAGUUAUUACAGAUCUAAAAGAGUCAGAUUCGGGUCUUUAUUUCUGUGGAAGAAGUUUCAGACAUUCAGUGACGCACUUUGACAAACCCAUCAGACUACAGCUCGAGGACAAGCUGACAGGCAGAGAGGACUCAGUUCAUUCUGUCACAGAACCGCCAGAAGAUGUUGAGAUCACAGAUGGAGUGACGGUGACGGAGCGUGUGGUGAUAUUCAGUGGUGUUGGACUUGCUGUGUUUCUGUUUUUUCUGACUACAGUCGUCACAGGAGGAAUCAUUCACUAUAACGGCUGGCGGAAAGGAUGGGCCGCAGCCAAACGUGCUGGUCUGACUGAUCAAAAAUCAGCUAAAUGACACAUUUGUGCGCUUUAUUUUACACUCUAUCCCAAUAGUCAGCAAUUUUGUAUGUAUAAACAUUCUUAAAUUAUGGUACAUUUACUGGAGGAGCAAAAUGACUUCAUUUAUUAAAGGGUUAGUUCACCCAAAAAUGAGAUUUCUGUCAUUAAUUACUCACCCUCUGUGCAAAAACAAAACAAAAAUAAUGACUUUAUUCAACAAUUUCAUCUCUUCCCUGUCAUUCUCAUACACUGUUUAUGUUGUAGAUGCAGUGCAGCGCUUCCAGGUUCUACAUCAGAACACUGUCUUAGUAUAGAGGAUAUGCACUUUCCCACUGAAACACGACCCUCAGCUGGACUGAGUGGCAAAAGAGCUGCUGCAUGACUGGAUUAUAUAGGGAAAAAUACAAAAAUGCGAUUAAAACAAACAAUUAUCAGUUUAAACUAAAGGUUGGACUCAAUGUGAGACACCUAAACGAGUGUCGCAUCUGUCUUUUCAUGUGAUUGAAAUGCCUCAUGCCUUGCAUAAAAGGUUUAUUCCUAAAGAUAAUGAAGAAAAUAAAUUUGCAUGAUGUUGUCAAAA